AUGUAGAAAAUAUAGGAUGACUAAUAAUUUAUAAAAAAUACAAAGAGCAUGUAAAAGAUGCAAGAAAUUGCAGAUAGAUUAGCAUCUACAACUCCUGAUUUAACUAAAUGUGAGUUUGAAUUUAAUUUUAGUUAUUAAUCCUGAGGCAAUCUUAAAACCGACGAAAAUGUAAAUAGAUCUAUAAGGUAAGAAAGGUGAUCCUAAUGAUCCAAAAAAUAAGAAAAAGCAAAUCUAAUAGAGUACUGUUAUAACAAAAAAUGAAAUGACAGCAUAAGACUGGAUAUUGAAAUGUUAAGAAUUGUAAGCAAUAUUGGAAAAAGAAAAAAUGAGAACAAAUUAAUUGGAAUUGGAACUAAAAAAUAGAUAAGAAAGAUUUGUUAAUAGAGAAAUAGAAUAUAGAAAAACAAUAGAAGAAUUAUAAUCUGAAUUAAGAGCUAAAACAGCUUUAGAUUAAGGAGAUCGAAAAAUAAUGGAGAAUAUAUAUAAGGAUCAUAAUAAGAUUAUUGAAGGAAUUAAUAAUAUUUAAUUAAGAACAUCAAAAAUAUUAGUAGAUUAAGAGAGAGAUAUUAUUCGAUUUUUUAAUAAUAAAAUUAAUGAAAUAAAGAAAUAAUUUGAAGAGGAAAGAAUUAAGAAAGGUAAAAAUGAUUAAGAAUAUAUUGAGAAAGAAAAUUAAUUGAUUAGUGAAUUAGAAUGGAUUAAAAAUAUAGCUUAAAAAAUAGAUAAUGAAAAUCAUUCUCUAAUGUAAAAAUAUAAAGAAUUAAAAAUAUAGUAUUAGACAUAAGAGAAUGAUAGAGAAAUGCUUUUAAAAGAGUUAAUAAUGAAAAAGAAAAAAAAUGCGAUUCUUAAAUCAUAAAUAUAAUAAUAUGAGAAAUUAUUGAAUGAAGUAUAAAAAGAUGAAGUAGAAUAAGAUGAUCAAUCAUUUGAUUAACCAUCUUAUUAAGAUAUAGUAAGACCUGGAAGUAAAGCUAAAGUGAGAAUUAGGUCUGUAAAGAAUUCAGCCUAAUCAUAAUCAUAAAAUAAAUAAAAUAAAGAUGAAUAAUUAUCAAAAAAUCCAUCUUAAAUUCAAUAAUAAUUAUAAGGAUCUUAAUCAAUUUAAUAAACAUUAUAAAGGUAUGAGAAAACAAUAAAAUCUUUGUAAUCAACAUUAAAAAAAGAAUAAAAGAGAGUGAGAGAAUUAAAAUAAUUAUAUAUUAAAGAAAUGUAAAGUAAAUCAGAAUUAGAAGUAAUAUUAAGAAAAUGUAUAGAUGAUAUUAAGGAAGAAAUUAUAUAAAUAAAAGGAGAAGCUAGAAUAUUUAAUAAAAAUAAUAAAAGUAAAUUAUUAAUUAAAUAAUAUAGAUAAAUAAGAUAAUUUGGAGAAGGAAGAUAGAGAUAAAUUAAUUCAAACAUUAUUAGAUAAUGAAAAAAUAGUGACAUUAAUACAUGAUUAGAUAUUUUAUGCAAAUAAAAAAAAGGUUGAUGUUGAUGAAUUAAAUACAUCAAAAUAUUAAUAAUAAUAAUAAUAAUAACCAGAAUAAUAAAAAUUAUUUUAAUUUCCUAAUAAAUAAAUAAUAUAAUAAUAAUCUUAAUAAAGAUAAUAAGAAGAUGAAGGAUUUGAUGAUGGAGAGAAUCCAGAAGAUGAAUUUUGA